AUAUGCACACACAUAAAUAAGCAUAUAAAGUGCAAUAGGCUAUUAAAGUUCAGAUUUUUGUUUGAGUUGAGUUUAGUAGUCUGAUGGCUGAGGGGAAGCAGCUAUUCCUGAACCUGGAUGUUGCAGAUUUCAGUCUCCUGUACCUUCUACCUGAAGGCAGCAGAGAGACGAGUGUGUGGCCAGGAUGGUGUGGGUCCUGGAUGAUGCUGGCAGGCCUUUUUGAGGCAGCGACAAUCCAUAUCCCUUCACGCCACAGAUGCUGCCUCACCCGCUGAGUUUCUCCAGCAUUUUUGUCUACCUUUGAUUUUCCAGCAUCUGCAGUUCCUUCUUAAACAGCUUUGCAGACAGCCUGCUUCAUAGUUGCCUGAAGCUUCAGUCCAAUGUGUUUUGUAUACUGUGUGCGGUGCCGUUUGAAUAGACCCCCCCUAAAUAAUAUGCUUUCCCCUUGAUUCACAUUAUGAACCGGCAAUUAGAUGAGAACAAAGCCAUUCCCACAUUGCCCGCAGCAGCAGUGACUCUGUGAAACAUCAGCCAGUCGAGAUGUCUGCACUGGGGAUUUUUUUCUCUCUUCUCUCUGCCCUCUUUCUCCUCUUUCCCCAGCCAAUGUGAGUCACUCAGAACAUGACAUCAUGUCUGGGGAGGUCCCAGCUAGCCAGCCAGCCAGCCACCGUGCACCGCUCCUUGUGUGUUACACACCACCAGUAUCAGAUGUGUGUGUGUGUGUGUGGCAGCGAAGCGACACAGGAUCUUGCGGGAGCAACCCCUUGCUUGCAUUCGACUCGGGGGAGGACUGUUUCUCUUGGAAGGAGCUGUGUGUGUGUGUGUGUGUGUGCACACACGUGUGCGGGCACCGAUUGUGGAACAGCGAUAGGUUUUGGUGACUGAAGAUGUCAGAUAAUGGUGAAGUGGAAGACAAGCCUCCAGCUCCGCCCAUGAGGAACACCAGCACCAUGAUUGGUGUGGGCAGCAAGGACUCUGGCAACCUUAACCAUGGCUCCAAGCCUCUUCCCUUGGCUCCUGAAGAGAAGAAAAAGAAAGACAGGCUCAGGUUCUUUCCCGGAGCAGGAGACAAAACCAACAGAAAAAAAGAAAGGGAACGGCCCGAGAUCUCGCUACCUUCUGAUUUUGAGCACACAAUACACGUUGGAUUUGAUGCUGUCACUGGAGAGUUCACUGGCAUGCCAGAGCAAUGGGCUCGGUUGUUGCAGACAUCGAAUAUCACAAAGCUGGAGCAGAAAAAGAAUCCACAGGCAGUGUUGGAUGUUCUGAAAUUCUAUGAAUCAAAAGAAACAUCAAACAGUCAAAAAUACAUGAGCUUCACAGAUAAGACAGCAGAUGGUUAUGUAACCACGAAUGCACUGAGCACAAAGAAUGUGUCGGAGUCGCCGGCUGUGCCUCCCGUGUCCGAGGACGAUGAUGAAGAUGAAGGAAUACCGCCGCCUGUCAUAGCGCCGAGACCGGAGCACACCAAGUCGAUGUACACCCGGUCCGUGAUAGAUCCCAUUCCCCUCCCACCCACCAAAGAUGCAGCUACAUCCCCCAUCUCCUCGCCCUCCGACAACAGCACAACCCCUUCAACCACCUUGACCAGGAACGCAGAGAAACAGAGGAAGAAGACCAAAAUGACGGACGAGGAGAUAUUGGAAAAAUUGAGAAGUAUAGUAACUGUGGGUGAUCCAAAGAAGAAGUACUCGAGAUUUGAGAAGAUUGGACAGGGGGCUUCAGGCACAGUGUAUACAGCCAUUGAUGUGGCCACUGGUCAAGAGGUUGCAAUCAAACAGAUGAAUUUACAACAGCAACCCAAGAAAGAAUUGAUUAUUAAUGAAAUUCUGGUUAUGAGGGAAAAUAAAAAUCCAAAUAUUGUUAAUUAUUUAGACAGCUACCUCGUGGGCGAUGAGUUAUGGGUGGUUAUGGAGUACCUGGCAGGUGGAUCGCUGACCGACGUGGUCACAGAGACCUGCAUGGAUGAAGGACAAAUAGCAGCAGUGUGUAGAGAGUGUUUACAAGCCCUGGAGUUCCUGCACUCAAACCAGGUCAUUCACAGGGACAUCAAAAGUGACAACAUUCUGCUGGGGAUGGACGGAUCUGUCAAGCUAACUGACUUUGGCUUCUGCGCUCAGAUCACUCCCGAGCAGAGUAAACGAAGCACGAUGGUGGGCACCCCCUACUGGAUGGCCCCCGAGGUGGUCACGAGGAAAGCUUACGGACCCAAGGUGGACAUUUGGUCGCUGGGAAUCAUGGCGAUAGAAAUGAUCGAGGGCGAACCUCCCUACCUGAACGAGAAUCCCCUGAGGGCACUGUAUUUAAUAGCAACGAAUGGCACUCCUGAGCUACAGAAUCCUGAAAAACUGUCUUCUAUAUUUCGGGACUUUCUUAAUCGCUGCCUGGAGAUGGAUGUGGAGAAGAGAGGUUCUGCCAAGGAGCUUCUCCAGCACCCGUUCCUGAAGGUGGCCAAGCCUCUGUCCAGUCUCACUCCCCUCAUCCUUGCCGCCAAGGACGCAGCCAAGAACAACCGCUAACGGGACGGGUGACAUCUGCAACCCCUGCGUCGGCGGCGCUCACAUGCGCCCCCCCCACCCCACCCACGCGCAACGGGAUUGCUGCUCACCCUAGCGACGGGCGGGCCCCUCCCACCCGGAGCUCCUCCAGUCUUCAAUCCUUCCACAGCCAAGUUCCAGGGAAGGGGACGGAGUGGGGAAAGGGUGGGGGGAGGGGUAGACCAUCGCGGGAGGCUGUCAUUCCACGGGUGCCACGCAAAGGACAACGCGCUUUGUGCGGGACGGGACGGGACGGGACGGGAGGGGAUUCUUCCCUUAAACUGCAUUGGGUGUUAAUAGUUCUUUAUAGUACUGAGCAGUGUCCCAACUCUGUGGAAUAUCAGCCCCUGAUGCUGGGUGUAUCUAGUGGUUGUGGAAGGCUGCAGGGGGCUUGGCAAUAGUCAGGAGAUAAGCCUGUGCACUACACAGUCCACUGAGCCUGUCCUUUGACCCUCCCCAACCCUGGCAAGCUGCUGGGAUUUCUCCCUCUUUCAUAUGUUCGUAAGUAGUAUCUCUUCAUUUUGGGUGGACGGGCCAGUGCUUUUACAUUCUUUCCCCUUCUCCCUAACGUUCAUAGGUCUAUAUAUAUAUAUAUUUCCCCCCCUUCUUUGUUGAGUGAUUCUCUCUCCGCUUCGAAGAUCGAUCACUCGGAUUGAUCCCGCGUUCCGAUCGCCUGAGUCUUCGGCUGGAGGCUUCUCUCAAAUCACUGAAUGUAGCGGCAAGUUGCCGAAUGGUCACAUACGUGACGUAGUUAUUAAGUCUGCGGUGAUGCCAGUCUUAAUACCCGCACUGCCGGGCAUGUAGUAUAUUUUUUUGUGAGUGUUUCCCCCUCCCCCUCUC